AUGACAAGAAGACAAAAUGCAAAUAAUGCCAUAAGUUCAAAUAAUAAUACAAAUACAAAUGUUACCAAUGGUAGUAGUAGUAAUACAAGUUUAAAUGGUGGCGAUGAAGAACAAGAAGAAGAAGAAGAAGAAGAAAAUGACGAAGAUAGUAUUACUAAUAAAGAAGAUAGCGAUUCUUAUGAUGACUUUAGUAUUGUCGAAGAAACUACAGAUAUACGUGAAGUACAAGAUACAAGAUCAUUUAAAAAAGUAAAAUUAAAUAGUUUAACAUCUCUAAAUGAAGGUUACAUAGUACCACCAACCCCACAAAUAGAAAUGGUAUCUCCAAAUAGAAAUAAUAAUAAUAAUAAUAUAAAUAAAAAUAAUAAUAAUAAUAUAAAUAAUAAUAAUAAUAAUAAUAAUAAUAUAUUUAAUUUUUUACAAGAUCAAGAUCAAAAUCAAAAUAAACCAAAUAAACCAAAUAAUCAAUCAAAUUUUUCAAAUCAAAGUCAACAACUUCAAAAUUUAAUAAAUGCAACAGCAAAUGAAAAUAAAAAAUUAAAACUUAGUAUGGAACAAUUGGAAUUUCAAUUAAAGAUGGAAAAGGAACAAAAUUUAAAAUUAAAGAAUUUAGUAACAAAAUUAAAUGAAGAGAUUCAAUUGGAGAAAGAAAUUUCCAAACAAAUUAAUAAGUCCAUUUGUUCAAAUUUAAAUAUUCAAAACUCAAGAUCUAUUUCAACCAAUUCUGUAAUCUUUAAAAAGGAUUCAAAUGAUGAUAGUAUAGUAGCAAUAUUUCCAACAUUUAUUACAACUACCAAUUCAAAUUCUUCGGAAAUCACUUUAACAAUCGAUCCAAACCCUCCUGAAAACUAUCAUAAAAUCAUUAUUAAACAACAAUUACAUCAACAUCACCAACAUCAACAACAACAACAACAACAACAACCACAAAUUCAAACUUAUUUAAUUAAAAAAUUACAAGACUAUUACGAUCCAGAGCCUUGUCUUAUUGGUUCAACCAAUUCUAAAGGUGUUUACUUUAAAUCAAAAGAUAAAAGUUUACUAAAAAUUUCAAUCGACAAUUUAAGAGAUUUUGAUUGA